AUGGCAGUAGAGCAAAAUCCUGAUCCUGACCCUGAGCACGUCCCAGGAGUGUUAGAUACAGAAUACCCUGUAACAGGCGCGUCGAUCUGUCAAUCUGUCAAUCCCAUCCGACCCAAGUACGCGGUUCCUGGUUCAGGUCCAGCCCCACCAAGGCCGCCUGUCAGGACUCAGGACUCAGCGAGGCUCGACUCUCGAGACGAUCUUGGACCUGAUCUCAAGCUGCAUACCCAAAAGGGGUGA